AUGGAUUUGAUCGGAGAGGCUCUUAUCUCUGCUUCUGUCCAGGUGUUGUGUGACAGAAUUACUUCAAGCGAGUUCGUCGACUUAUUUCGGCAGAAGAAACUCGACGAACCACUCCUCAUGAACUUGAAGACGACAUUGUUGACUUUGUUCGUGGUGCUCAAUGAUGCAGAGGAGAAGCAACUUGUGAAUCCUGCUGUGAGAGAGUGGCUUAACGAGCUCAAGCUUGCUGUCUUUGAUGCAGAGGACUUACUGGAUGAGAUCGACACUGAAGCUUUGCGAUGCAAGCUGGAAGAUACAAGAGUUGUUUCAAAGAUUAGAAAACUUUGUACAACAGAAAAUUGCUCUUGGUCUGGGAGAAGUUGCUAG